AUGGGAUGCAUUAGUACCAAAGAUGUUCAAUAAUCUAUCAAUAAAAAUAUCUACAAUAAUAUGAGACAAAUCAAUAUUAUUGCUUUUGACUAAGUAAUUCAAAAUACCAAUUCUCUAUUAGCUUUUUUUAUUACAAUCUCAAUGUCUAAGAGAUCUUGAAUAAUUACAAAAUAAAGUGAUUUCGAAUAAAAUUAAUCUCAUCAACAUCACAAAAGCUCAUUUACUCAAUGAUCCAAAACUUUAUGAAGCUUAUAAAUUAUGGACUUGGGGAGUAUCACUUUGUAAUAAGGGAAAUUCAAAAGGAAUGAAUGUAAAUUUUAGUUUCAAAAUUCCCUAAGAAUCAAUUGAUAAAAAUCCCACUUUUAUUUAUAAUCUAGGUGCUUGUAAAGAACUCAGAUUUCAUUGGUUUGCUAUCAUUCUUAAAAAAUACUUUGAAUAUGUUUAUCAUGCUAAAUAAUAAUUCCCACAAGAACGUCUUAAAGCAAAAGAUAUUUAUGAUAAAUUAAAAACUAUGAAGGAACAAACUUCUAUUUAUUUAAACAAUCUUUCUCCUAAUGAGAAAAUUGAAGCUAUUGCAAAUAUUGAGUAUAAUAUGAGUAAAAUACACAAAGGACUGCAUAAUGCUGAUUAAUUUUAUGAGAAAUUAAGAGAAUUAGAGUAAGAAUUGGAAAUUAUUAUUGAGAAGAAUAAUUAAUAUGAAAAUGAAGCAGAUUAAUGGGGUAAAAAAUUAUUUAGAGAUCUUGAUGUUAUUCCUGUUGGUGAUGAUUCUUAUAGAAUGAGAGCAAAAAUGAAUAGUUUAGUUUUAUUGUAUCAUCCUGGAAAAAAGAGAAUUUAAGAAGAAGAAGAUUAUUAUUAUAAUAUUAAAUUAGAACGUUCAAAAAUUAAACCUAAAAUAUAACAUAAUGAUGAGGAUGAUUAAGUCAAGAAAUUUAAUUUUAAAUUAAGAUGGACAGGUUGUUCUAAAGUUGAUAGAAAAUGGAGUGAAAUCUCGUUCAUUUUAGAAGAACAUAACGAAUAAAUUAAAUAGAUUAAAUAUAUUAGAAAUAAAAUACGAUUUGAAUUAUAAACUUAUAAAUAUGAAGAUGACAAUUUAAUUGUAGCCUGGAAAAUUUAUUGUCUAUCAUUAUUAACUGAAUUAAAGGAUGUAAAGAUUACAUUAAACAUAAGUGAUUAGGAAUCAACUUAGAAUAUUCUAAAAAAUUAAAUAGCUCUAAGUGAGAAAUUACAACUUCAAUCUUAACUAUUUAGUGAAUAUUUCUUCAUAACAAGACCUUCAAAAUAGAAAUAACUAAAGGAUUACUGGAAAAAAUUGGAUUUCGAUAAAAAAUGGGUUGAAGGAUCAUUUUUGGAAUAUGAACAAUUCAAAAUGAUGCAUCACUAAAAUCAAUAUAAUAUGAUGACAAAUUAAGCUAAAAAUAUUUAUUUGUUUACUUCUUAGAUGUAAGUUUAUUAAAACAUCUAUGAGAAAAGUGAUUUUAUUUAUUAAUUUAUUUAGAAUACAUGAAAUUAGAAUAAGAAGCUCAAUAAUUGUUUACAAAUGGCAAAGCUAUAUUCGAUGAGAUGGAAAAACUUUAUGAAUAGUAUAAGAUAGAUAAAGAUGUUGAUAAAUUAAUGAUACAGUAAUUAAGGAGUGAUGAUAUUAUUUUAAAGAAAAAAUCAAAACUUUCCAAAUAUAAUUGA